AUGAGAGUUCUAACUUUGAUUCUGGGCUGUGCCAUCCUGACCAUCUGCCUGGUGAAGAGGGCCGACGGUGUGGCAUGCACCUCGACGGAUCCCGACACUCCGACUGGUUGCACGGAUUGCUCCCUGACGGCAAAUGCCUCGGCUGCUGACUGCACAACCACGACGACCACAACCACGACAACAACAACUGAAUCCAGCGCCUCAGGCUCCGAUCCCACAUCCACAUCCACUACCGAAUCUUCUAGCGCCACCACCAGCACAACUGCUAGCUCUAGCUCCUCCAGCUCCGGUUCUAGCUCUAGUUCCAGCUCGGAUGCCGCAACUAUUGCUAGGUUGAGGAGGAGGAUAGCUCGUCUGAGGCGCCUGCAGCGUCUGAGGGCCGCCAGACAAAGGGAACUCCGUCGCAAGCGUGCGGCUGCUGCAAGGAGGAGGGCAGCCAGGAGAGCAGCUGCUUCCAGGAGAAACAGCAACAGGAGGAGGAAUCGCAGAGGUUAG